UUAGGUUUUGUGAAGUGUGAUUCAGGAUCGGAUUGGUCGUACAGUUAUGAAACUCAAUGGCCCAACCAAUGCCGCAGCGGCGGGCAGCAGUCACCCAUAAACAUCAUGACUAGGAAUACUGUGGUAGACACGUACGGAGCGCACAUCCGAGGACCACUUGUCUUCCGCGGCUUCGGAAAUGUUAACCUUCGCGCUACCAACACCGGCCGAACGUUGAAAUGGAUGGUUGAAGAGGACGGUCCCGCACCAGUGUUGUCUGGCGGCCCUCUCCGAGGCAAUUAUACAUUCGUGCAGUUCCAUCUCCAUUGGUUCUCCGAGCACGCGAUAGAUGGCAUGAAGUAUCCAAUGGAAAUUCAUUUACUGCACGUCAAGACGGGACUGACUGUGGCGGAGGCUUUGAAGAGGCCUGAUGGAUUAGCUGUCAUCGCUGUACUCUGCAGGGUGUUCGCCGACGAUGAAGACAAUGAUUACAGUCUGCAUGAGUUAGCCGACAUGGUGCCUUCUCUGCAGAACCGUACCACUGCAGGAAGCGAACUGCCCGUCACAUUGGAUUUGUAUCGUCUGAUGAGCGCACAACGUCAAGCUUACUUCACGUACCAUGGCUCUCUGACAACGCCUGACUGCCAGGAGGUGGUCACCUGGAUAGUACAGGAGCAACCCAUCAUCAUAUCUGACUCACAGUACAAAUUAUUCCGUCAAGUGAACGUAGGGGGUGUCGACAACUACAGAAGCUUACAACCUACCAACCGAAUUGUGUACCGGAGUGCCGGCUCAUCCUUGUACAACCCAUCACCUAUCGGCAUGCUGGGUGCGCUACUCAGCAUCACCUCCUUACUCAAGUCGACAGUCGGUUCGGGAAUUUGUUUCAUCACUAAUUUAAAAAGAAAAUUCUUCACAGAUUCAUCGAACGCAUGCAAAGGUGAAUAGUCAAGGAAUUAAAUUCGCUUCCCACUAAGGAUCGAAAAUCUUAUAUCAAACUGUUUUAAGUUAAAUUGUGUCAUUGCUAAUUGUGUUACGUCCCCACGGACUGACACAAGGCCUACCCAAUUUAGAGGUGACUAGGCCAUAGUCAACCACGCUGACCCAUUGCGGGUAGUACCGCUUUUUAAGGAAAUUAAGUGAACGGAUGAUCUUAAAAUUGACACUGUGAAAGUAAGAAAGAAGAAUUGCAUAAA